AAUGAUUUUCGUCUCCAACCAUGUUGAGGCUCUUUUCUCAUUCUCUCCUUCUGACUAACUUGUUUUUUCUCCUCUGACUUGCUACUGCAUUUGAGUAGAUCUUCUGGAGAUCUUACCAUGGGGUGCGGACUGAGAAAGCUGGAAGACCCAGAUGAUAGCAGCCCUGGAAAAAUUUUUUCUACAUUGAAGAGACCACAAGUUGAAACAAAGACGGAUUCUGCUUAUGAAUAUGUAUUGCUGGAUUUUACUUUAGAAGCUUCAUCAAAUCCAGAAGUUAUCAAGAUCAGUUCUGUGUUGGAUAUAGCAUCAAAGGUGGAAGAAUAUUACAACAUAGGGUAUGUCGUAGGAGCUGUUCAUCCUAUUAUACUGCCGAUUGGACGUAGAAGGCAUUUUCCUGCAAGUCAUAUGUAUCGCGUGGUGCUUUCACGAUUAAAAUUAAGCCAGAAGCAUACAGCACCCAGAGGACAAAGGCACCCCAGGCUGGUGAUUGAGGAAUGUCCUUUAAUGUAUGAAACACUGACAAAUGAGGCAGUGAAAGAACUGUUAGAAAAGGUUAAUGAAGCCGCUAAAAGAGGAAAGAAGUUUGUGGGAUUUAUAACGCAACAUUUACCUCAACCUAAAACCUGUAAUGGAACAAACACCGAUGGAAAUGCAGAGUUGGAAUCAACGCUAGGCAGGAGAAACAGGGAACACAGAAGAAAAAAUUCUGACGAAAACUACAAGAGCUGGAGUGAGGGGACACUGAGUGGUCAGUCAUCUGAGAGUGGGAUAGAGGAGGAAAUGCAAGCAGAAAGCAGGCUGUCACCGGAUACAGAUGUCCAGUUUGGAAAAGAAGGCAGCCCUGUUAAACCACGAAAAGGAGAUGAUAAGCUCUAUACAGUCUUCAAUGUUUUUGAUGAUGAUUCUACUUGCUGGACCUAUCAUGAGGGCAAUUUGUCUAUGAAAGUAACAAGAAAGGGACCAGUUGUUAGCACACUUGAAGCGGACUGGCUGGAACUAACUACAUUUUAUUAUAAACAAGGAUUGUCCUUAAUUGACUCUUUUGUGCAAUGGGAAGCUUCUAAAGGGGACUACUUGCCCAAAUCUUUAGAAGGAUUAUUUAUCUAUGAAGAAGAAGGUUCUGGAGUUCCAGGUUCUAACAGGAAAGGAAAUGAUGCAAUAGUUGUUGAACAGUGGACAGUCAUCGAGGGAUGUGAAAUUAAAACAGAUUAUGGACCACUACUGCACACGCUGGCUGAGUUUGGAUGGCUUCUGACCUGUGUCCUGCCUACACCUAUUGUACGACAUGACAGUGAAGGAAAUCUGGCCACAAAGCAAGUUGUUUUUCUUCAGAGACCUGUAAUGUGGAAUUCAGCUAUCCAGACACCAGAGAAGAAAUCCUUAAGGCAGGCUAUCGGGGAGGAAAAAGGCAAAAUCUCUAGCAGAAGUGUUGGAUUAGACACAGCUACUUCUCACCCUGUAGAAAGUGGACAACCACCUGAUGAAUUUCAUCUGUCUCCUAAGCAAUGUUGGAUCAAGGAGGGAUCUUCCCAGUAUGGAGGCUUUCCAGGAUUCAGCAGCAGUGAUGGAGUGUUAAGGGAACUAGAUGAUGGACAAUUUGAGCAGGAAGAUGGAGUCACUCAGGUCACAUGUAUGUAAUAAAGUAAGUAACUGCAUCAGAUGGACCUGUACAUAAUUCACGUGUUUUAAGAAGAAAAAAUUUAUCAUUUUACUUCAGUGCAUUGAUAUAAUCCUUUGCCUUUUCCCAGACUCAUUUUGUAUUUGUGUUCUUUUUUGUGUUAAUCCUAUUAUAGUAAUAAUACUACUGCAAAAUACUUUGGUUUUCUGUCUCUCUUUAAUAGUUACAUGACUGGGUGCUCUGCUAACUUCUUUGUUAAUGCUUUUGACAAGCAAGGAAGCAAAUGCUGAAAAUCAGGGAUAGUUUGUAUUCUGUAAGAGAGAAUGAAAAUGGGCAUGUUGAGUAUUUUUGAGGUGUUUUUUAAAAGGAUGUUGUAAAUAUUGCUGAAAAAAUAGAAAUGAACUAUCUGGCUGUCCUUAAGUUUUAAUGCAACUUCCAGUGUACUUGCCUUGUCUAAAUUCAAAAGCCUGUGGAAAAGAAAUGUCGGUCCUAUGCUAGAGAGUUAAUAAUUUAAGUAAUGCCUUACAUAGAGAAAACCUCUGGGAGGUUGUGGGCAAACCCAUCCUCUUGUAAUUUAAUUUCCCUAUGCAGGAUGUUUCUUGUUCACCCAAGCGAAAAGCUAUUCCAGCAUAUAGCUCAUAUAAUGAUGUAUUCAUAAUUUACUCAUGAAUGGAAAUUAAGAACCACUCACCCUCUGAAAGAUAACUUGCAUCCCAUGAAAAAAGUAAUUCGAGAAGCUAUGUAAGAAGCACUGAGAGCAAGGGACACAAGAUAUGUAUGGGGAAGAAGCAGGCAAAUUAUAUACCAAUAUGCUAAUGUAUAUAAAAAAUAUUAUCUUAGCUAAAUGUAUAUCACACUGGAUAAAGUGUAUUCAACUGCAUUAAAUUCUAGAGAGAAUGUUUAGAGGAAAUGAUGAAACUACUGUGUAUCAGUCAUCACAGAGGGGAGGAGCUGUUUGUGUUAAGGGAGGUUGACACACAGGUCUGUGGGGAGAGGCAUGAAUAGGAAUUAUUUUUAUGCUGCUGUCUUGAAAUAAUACUUUGCAAUAACUGCAUUUCUGUCUAGGCUGACCUGCCAUGGUAUCUGGGGAAAAAAGCAGACGCCAUAAAGAAAUUCAAUUUCUUUCAGAUCAGUAUUGGUGUCUUCACAUGAAGUACUGUAACUUAGUUACUGACUGUAAGAAGUUGCUAUUAACUCAUGGAAAUUUCAAGUUUUAAUAA